AGCUCAACACUAUAAACCCUUGCAUUGCCAACAGCCAAUGUGCAUGGGAAGCUUCCACACCUGGGGAGGGGUGCUGUGCCACAAGGGUAGCUCCUCCAAGGGCUCAUCGUUGAUCCACAGUUGGGAACCACAGUUUGUGCAAGGUUUCGUGAGCUAGUGCUUCGUGAGCUAGUGCUUCGUGGAAUGGCCACUGAGAGCAGCCUGAUGUGCACAUGUAUUCCAUCAUCAAGAGCAUCGAUAACGAGAUAUUCGAUUCCCAAGACGUUUCUUCACCAUGGCCGUGUGGCCACUAGAGGUAUAAAUAUGAGGUUUCAGGAAUGACAUUGUCAUUUUGAAGUAGCCAGUCGCAAUAAUCAAGUAAUAAUGGGAGUCUCGGACAAAAGUGCUUCGUCAGGUGGAGUGACAACAUCAUUGGUUAAGCUGCUUUGCAUUGCAAGCAGCGUUUUGGCACUUCCAACUUAUGAUGAAACCUCUGAGAAGCUCAGCAUCGAUGAAAUCACCAAGAUUUACCAGGACGUGCUCACGUCUUCUAACAACGCUGGUGAUUGGUUGAAGACUUAUACGCAAGAACAACACCUUGCUGGUCAGAAUUAUCACCUGGCAGAGUUCACUGCUCAAAGAUUUGAGGAGUUUGGGUUCAAAGCCAAGUUUGAGAACUUUAGCGUCUACAUUAAUUACCCUGUUGAGAACUCCAUCAAGGUUUUAGAGCCAAACGAAGAUGGCUCUUAUGAAUUGACUUACCAACCAACCUUGGUUGAGGAUGAGUUGGAAGAGGAUCCAACGACUAGCGGUGAAGGCCUAGUGCCAGCAUUCCAUGGGUAUUCUGCGAAUGGCAACGUCACUGCAGAAUUGGUGUUUGCUAACUACGGUACAAAGGAGGACUUUGCCCUAUUGGCUGAGAACAACAUUGAUCUUGAGGGUAAAAUCGUCAUUGUCCGUUACGGAGGAAUCUUUAGAGGCUUAAAGGUCAAGUUUGCCCAAGAGGCUGGUGCACUAGGUGUUAUCACUUAUUCAGAUCCAGCAGACGAUUACUCUCCUCCAGAUGCCGAGCCUUAUCCAAAGGGCCCAGGUAGAAACCCGUCUAGUAUCCAAAGAGGCUCAGUGCAGUUCUUGUCCUCCUUGCCUGGAGAUCCAUCCCGUUUCACAGAUCGCUCACCAGAGGCAUUGUCAAAUCUGACGACUAUUCCACGUAUUCCAUCUCUGCCAAUCUCCUACAAGGAGGCCAUUCCAAUAUUGGAGACCCUCAACGGAUAUGGAUCAGACCUUGGGUUUAAAGGAGGUGUCUCGACCUUUAACUAUACAACCGGCCCUUCAAGUGCGAAGAUAAACUUGUACAAUAACGUUGAGUAUGACUUUACCAAUAUUACCAACGUCUAUGGCCUAAUUGAGGGCCAAGAGGCUGAUAAGGUCGUUAUUAUCGGAAACCACAGAGAUGCGUGGGUUAAAGGUGGUGCUGGUGAUCCAAACUCUGGGUCCGCAGUUCUUCUGGAGCUUGCAAGAGGACUCAACGAGUUGUUCAAACAAGGCUACAAACCAAGAUAUUCUAUACUCUUAGCAUCUUGGGAUGGUGAAGAGUACGCCUUACUCGGAUCAACAUCGUAUGCUGAGAAGUAUGCUGCUAAGUUGGACAAGCAGGCUGUUGGUUACAUCAACGUUGACGUUGCCGUUGGUGGAACACACCUGGAAUUAGCUGGCUCUCCACUGUUUAACCAGUUACUGUUAGACCAAGGCUCUCUUGUUACUCAUCCAGAUACCAACGUUUCUCUCACUGAACGUUUCUUGAACGAAUCUGAGAUUCUCAUCCUAGGUUCAGGCUCGGACUACACAACGUUUUACGAGCAUCUGGGCAUUCCAUCUAUUGACUUGGGAUUCAAUCCAGGUUUGGGCGACCCUGUCUACCAUUAUCACUCAAACUAUGACUCUUACCAUUGGAUUUCCACCUUUGCUGACCCUGGUUUCAAGUACCACAACGCUCUGGCCCAAUAUCUGGGCUUAUUGACCCUCAAGCUCACCGAGGAGAAGCUCCUGAAAUCAUAUUCCACAAGUGAUUAUGCUUCAGCUGUUGCCGGAUACUUUAGCACGUUGGUUUCCACCAUUCCUCAGGAUUGGCUCAACCAAACCGUGGUGCUGGAUGACGAUAUCAUUGCGCCUUAUAGCUACAGCGAGGACAACCUCACUUCAACAGACGUCACCGUGUUGAGAGACCUGAUCACGGCAACAAACGAUACUCUGUCAAUUCUAGAAGAGGUUGCUAAACACCACGACGAGGAAAAGGAGUACUUGCAAUCGCAAUGGGACGAGUCUGUCUCAACGUCCUCGAGCCCAAUCACGAAGACCUUGUUCGACAAGCGUGUCGCCACAAUCAACGACAAGUCGCGUAACUUUGAGAAGCAGUUCCUGUACGAAGGCGGGCUCAAGAGCCGUGAAUGGUUCAAGCACAUUGUCUACGCCUCUGGGAGAUACACAGGCUAUGCCGGCCAGUCCUUGCCAGGCCUCACUGAGGCUCUGGAGGAUGACAGCUUCGACGAAGCUGCUCGUUGGAUACAUAUCCUCCAAGUUGCGGCCCAAAGAGCCAUUGCCUCACUGGUUUAAAUACAAUAAUACACAUAUAUGGGAGCAAUUCUGCUGAAGCUUGCAAGCCCUUUCAAAACGUGAGCACUGUAGAGAUGGAAGGCCUCAGCUGGGCGUUC